UUUCUUUUUCUAGCGAGCGCUAAAAACAAGGUCUAAAGUUCAGAGUCUCUGAUGUGCAGAUCUGGGUCAAGUCUAGAAUUCGGAGCCGAGCUGCAGCUUUUUCUUCCCUCCAUGGCCUGCGGUUGUGAUGGAUCCCAUGGCCGUGAGCACGUCUGCGACCGGUCAGGAUGAGUUUGACCGCAACGCGCCGCGGAUCUGUGGAGUGUGUGGAGACAAGGCCACCGGAUUCCACUUCAACGCCAUGACCUGUGAGGGCUGCAAAGGCUUCUUCAGGCGCAGUAUGAAGCGUAAGGCGAGCUUUACCUGCCCGUUCAAUGGAAACUGCACCAUCACCAAAGACAACCGGCGUCACUGCCAGGCCUGUCGUCUGAAGCGCUGCGUCGACAUCGGCAUGAUGAAGGAAUUCAUUCUGACGGACGAGGAGGUGCAGAGGAAGAAGGAUCUGAUCCUGAAGAGGAAGGAGGAGGAGGCGGCGCGGGAGGCGCGGAAACCUCGUCUGAGCGAUGAGCAGAUGCAGAUCAUCAACACACUGGUGGAGGCGCAUCACAAGACCUACGACGACUCCUACUCUGACUUCGUCCGAUUCAGGCCUCCGGUCCGCGAGGGUCCCGUCACCCGCAGCGCCAGUCGAGCCGCGUCUCUACACUCUCUGUCUGACGCCUCAUCAGAUUCAUUCAACCAUUCACCAGAGUCUGUGGACACUAAGCUGAACUUCAGUAAUCUGUUGAUGAUGUAUCAGGACAGCGGCGGCAGUCCAGACUCCAGCGAGGAGGACAACUCGCGUCUGUCCAUGUUACCGCACCUCGCCGAUCUCGUCAGCUACAGCAUCCAGAAAGUCAUCGGAUUUGCCAAAAUGAUCCCUGGAUUCAGGGACCUGACGGCAGAAGAUCAGAUCGCUCUGCUCAAGUCCAGCGCCAUUGAGAUCAUCAUGUUGAGGUCGAAUCAGUCGUUCAGUCUGGAGGACAUGAGCUGGAGCUGUGGAGGACCCGAUUUCAAAUACUGCGUCAAUGAUGUCACCAAGGCGGGUCACACUCUGGCGCUGCUGGAGCCGCUGGUCAAGUUUCAAGUGGGUCUGAAGAAACUGAACAUGCAUGAAGAGGAACAUGUGCUGCUGAUGGCCAUCUGCCUGCUGUCACCAGAUCGUCCAGGCGUUCAGGACCACGGGCGGAUCGAAGCCCUGCAGGACCGUCUGUGCGACGUCCUGCAGGCAUACAUCCGGAUCCAUCACCCCGGCGGGCGUCUCCUGUACGCCAAGAUGAUCCAGAAGCUGGCCGACCUGCGCAGCCUGAACGAGGAGCACUCCAAGCAGUACCGCUCGCUGUCCUUCCAGCCCGAGCACAGCAUGCAGCUCACGCCGCUGGUGCUGGAGGUGUUCGGCAGCGAGGUGUCCUAGCAUCCGAGAGCCCCCCGGAACGCUCCGGAGCCCCGGAAACGCCCUGCUCCUCCUGAGACGGCCGCGAGCGGGAGCUCAUCGCUUCUACACUGAGAGCGUCACAGUUCACAAUACGGGGGGCUGUAGAGAGAGAUAUAUGUGUGUGUGUGUGUGUGUGAGUGUGAGGGUGGUGCACAGGUCUGGAUAAUGUUGCGGAAUUCCCGCUUUUAAGCUAGAGGUAAUUCCGAACGGAAUGUAUUAAUAAUGUAUGAAUAGAACAAUGGAUAUACACUAAUAUUUAUAUUUAAGAGAGAGAUGGAUUGUAUUAAAUGAAAACGUAUGGCCAGGUGAUCCUCUGUUGUAAUAGGAUUAGCAGGCUCUCCUAGUUCAUGCGCAUAGAUGAGUGUGUUUGUGUGUUUGUGUGAUGUACACAAAAUUAGAUUACAAUUCACAAUGGCUCUGUUCCAAAACCUAGUGAGCGCCCUACGUAGAUGGCAUUUCAAGACGUAGGUGCGUUCCUGGGACGAAAAGAUGCGUCCCAAAUCUAAAGCAGCAUCACCAGUGUUGGGGGUAACGCGUUACAAGUAACUUGAGUUACGUAAUCGUAACUCAAGUAACUAGUAAAGUAACGCAUUACUUUUAAAUUUACAACAAAAUAUCUAAGUUACUUUUUCAAAUAAGUAAUCUCACUUUAUUAACCAAUGUCUUUUCUGCUGACCUUUCGAUAAUUCAAUUCAACCAUACAAAGCAAAAAUGACUUUAGAUAAACAUUUGUUUUAAAGUAAGAAUGUUGAACUUCCUUCUUUAGCUGAAAGGUUUGUUUGAGCUGCGCCCUCUACUGUUCAGGCAUGAAUUUGCAUUUCCUUCAGCCUGAGGCUUAUUCAUUUGACUUUUGGUUUGAAAGGCCUUUACAUUUGCCAAAAAUAUAACUUUUUUUGUUGUUAUUUAAAAAACAAACAAACAAGCCCAGCCCAAGUGAGAAAAAUGAAGGCAAAAGUAACUCAUUACUUUUCAUAAAAAAUAACUAAUGCAAUUAGUUACCUUUUAGAGAGUAACUCAAUAUUAUAAUACGUUACUUUUAAAAGUAACUUUCCCCAACACUGAUUUUAACGCGUUAUUUUUUCCAUAAUGAAUCGCACAAAAUUGUCACCUUUAAUCGACAGCCCUAAUAAAACACAUUUUCAUGUUUUUUUUUUAAUAUUUUAUUUUAUUAUUUUUAAAAUAACUAAAAAUUAAAGAAAGAAAAAAAACAGUAGGGAGUAACCCAAUACUGUAAUGCAUUACUUUUAAAACUAACUUUCCCCAACACUGAGCAUCACACAUACGCUUCUCACCGAAUGCAAUCCCAUAAUGCAUUGCAACAUGCUAAAUGGUGGGAAAAACCAUCCUAGACUCUGAUUUGAAUGUAUCAAUCACUGGCAUUGUUGCAUUUCUAACUCAACAUCGUGAAAGAAGAUUUUCAUAAACUAAAACAUAUACUGAAAAAUACUAAAACAAACAGAAAAAACAAAUGAAAGUGUAUUGACUAAUUAAAAAUACCUUCAAAUAAAACCGUUAUCAUGACUGUUAGUUGUUUCUAGAGUUUCUCAAUGUUUUCUGACUCUAAAGCCAUAGUUAUAAGGCAAUAAUAAGCUAUUUCUAGAAAAAUGUGGAAGAGAAUUUUUGAUUAUAAUAAAUAUACCUUCAGUAUCACAAAAUAUCAGUUCACUUUGAUUAGCAACAUACCAGUGUCCAAUUCUGUUUAAAUCCAUUGCAAGUCAGGUCAAACGCUAUUCAAAUGAGAUAUUGCCUAAGCAGUGAGUCACUUUUCAGAACAUUUUACAGUUCACUAGGUUUUGGGACAGUGGCCACUUUGACUCGCAAUUGUGAGCAGAUUUAUUGGCCGAAAAAUUGCACAAAUAUCAGCCAAUUGGCCUGGCUGAUAGAUCUGUCAGUAGUAUUCAUGAUAAAUUGUAGACAUACUACUUCACACACACACACACACACACACAUACUAUCACACACUUUAAAAUGAGAGAGGGGGCCUGACCUGUUGGUCUGAUGUCUGUAUAGAUAGGAACUUAGAUGACCACAAGAGAGCCGAAACGCAGGAACCGGCCCCAGAGAUCAGCCCGAAUGCUGCUCUAUGUUAUUUAUCACUCAUAACAAGGCCAUCCGGCUGCUUCAACCUCAUAUUAUCUAAAUCUCUACAGUGAUUUAGUCUAAGACAAGGCCUUACUUUACCCUGCUAUCAGAUCUUGACAUAAAACUCGAUGUAUUAUAUGCGUUUACUAAAGUGCUGGAUUUUGCAGAGCUGUUAAUACGCCAAUAUCAUGUAUUUUUUUUUAAAGCAGACAUCGUUGUUUGAUUAACGUUGGUUUUUUAUGUCGUCAUCAAUUUGUGGGUCUCAUUCAUGAAACCCAAGCAGAAUUGUCUGUCAGACCAUUUUUAGGUAAACUGUCCCAUUCGUGUUAUGUAGAAUAACCUGUUUUACUUCAAAUGUACAGUGAUCAACAACUCAAAUGGUUCGUAAAACCAUGCUUUAUGAUCAUUUGAUGGAAAUGGGGUUGGUCUAUAUAAGUUGUUUCACUAAUGCACCAAUUUACAUAGAAUUUCCCCUAAUUGUUUCAACUCGAUGCAUUGAAUUCCUGUAGACCGUUCAUAAUAAUGUUGCAUGAAUUCAAGAGCAGUUUCAUGAACGAUUUAUGCCAGUUCUGCUUGUUUUAUAAAUGCGUCCCAUUCCAUGCGGUUCUGCGCUGCUCUCUUGUGGUCAUGAGCUGUAAAUACCACUCGUAUUGUUUCUGUACAUAUGUCUAAUGAAAAAGGAUAGGCUAAUACAGUUAAUCAGCAGAAAAGAAGCUUGGGAGAAAUAUGCAAAUCUGAUAUUUUCAUAUGUUUUGGUGUUUUUCUCUCUCAGAUGACAUAAUAAGCUUUUACGACCGUAUCUAUUCCUGAUGCUUUUAGGUGCGAAUUCCACAUUGAAUUUUAUUGUUAUAAUGAUUAUCAUGGCUUAGUUUUGUACGGAUUUUGAGACAUCAAACUGGACUCUGUUAUAUUUUUAUUUCUGCAAAUCAACGAGACAUCUCAAGCAGACUGUGUUCUGAUCUCAGACAACUCAAAACUGGUGCUUUAUUUUUGUUUUUGCUACAACCGCUGCCUCAAACCAGCCAACCUGACACACACACGUAACAGUCCAUACAAAGGACUCGUCGAAGCUUUAACAUUACUGCGGGUGAAACGGGAAGAGGAGCUCGUCCAGACGUUGGCUGCUAACGAAAGAGACUACGUCUGCUUUAUCUCAGCUGUAAACGAAAGACUUCUGAAGAGCUGGACGGUUCCUCGGGAGUAGGAGCAUCUGGAGGAACGAUGGCGAAACCGCCUUUUGGACGACAGACCGAAUUGCAGAUACAUGUGUAUAUACCAGUUAUGAUAAGCUUUGGUUGGAUUAUUCUAGUUUUAUUAGCCAAUGGAGUGUUUUUGCAACUGCGAAUGCUCCUUUUCACCCCCGGAUCCAGACCAUCUCUGCCUCCAUAGCCUUUGCGAAACUCAAACGCAACUGGAUCACUUGCAUCCAAUCAACAAGGGAAAUAAGUCGUCUCUGUCCCGCUCUGGAUUUAGCAGGAGGCUUUGCCUUCAUCACCUCAACCAUGCUAAAAUAGAGAGGACCUCCAGCCACAAGAGUCCUGCCAGUUUUGGGUUUGCUUCAUUGGGUGUCAACGUAUGGACGUCUGAAUGGGGUAAAAUUGGGGUUUCUGUCACCCCAGUGUCCCUUCAUCAGUAUUUUCAUGAGGGGGAAGUUGUUGUGGAUGAGUAGGAGACCAUCUUCUGGACUGUCUAUGCACUUUGGAUCAGUUAAAGUCAGUCACAGAGAUCCUGCGGAGGUUGUACCUUCUCUGUUGGAUGUUCUUGGCUGAAUUGAAGGCAACUGACCAACCUACAGCUCUAAUUGUUGGUAAAGCUCUUGGUUGGUCUUGUGCCACGCAGCUAGACUGAAGAAACCCAGCGCUCAUGAAUCCCAUCCUGCUCUUUCCCCCUGAGAAAUCCUGGAGCUCUUACAGUGGGUUUCUUGAGUCUAGCUGAAGGAAAACGUGUACGUACGUCGAAGCGGGUGAACGAAUCGUUGAUGACUGUCUGAAUGCUGAUUGUUUAAGGAAAAACACAAACCACCAGGUGCCGUUGUUAACCAAAAUGAACUACCUCUCUCAUUCAUUCACACCAUUUCAAUGUUUGUUUGUUUUUCUUUUUUAAGAAACACUAAAUCCUUUACUUAUUUAUUCCUCUCUGUCUCAAAUGCUGGACUGUUUACCUCAAGACGUCUCCAUAAGCCUGUAGCUUAAACGUUGCUUUACUACCUGUAAUUGCGUCCGUCAUUCGUAAUUGCGACUUCCCGACUCGUAAAUGCGAACUUCCCAGUACGACCUGAACGCACCACCCCAAGACGUACGUUAAUGAGCGUUUCGUUUGGAUGUUUUUUGCGAGCAAACACUCAAUGAGAUCUUCCAGAUGAAACGCUCACGUCUUGGCGACUUCAUCGCGGGGAGAUGCUCACGCUAGCCUGACCGCUAGCAACUGUCAGUAUUCACUUUCUCACGCAGGAUGUCAACGCAUUGACAACCAAGCUAGCUAAUCCCAAAGUAUCCUAAAUAAGCUAGUUUUAAGUAUUGUCUGUUUAGCAUUGGAAAAACUGUGCAUGUCUUCAUGACCGGGCAUUGCAGAUGUCUGCUUUGCAUGAGCAUUGAAGUUUCAUCUGUAUUCGAGCUAAUAGCAUACCAGCUCAACUCUAGCGCCCUCUUGCUGCUCUCUUUGGUCUUUUCUUUCCUAUUUCUCUGCAUCUCUUUGUCCCGAUGGUCUGUCCAGAUUUUUAACCAAUCAAGGGUUCCCUCAUAACGUCAUAUUAUUUAUAAUAAUAACUAUUAUAAUACAUGCUUUUAUUAUUGUUAACAUUAAUUAUAAUAACAUUAAAUAAUAAUAAUAUUCUUAUUAUUAAUUCCAUUUUGUCUAAUGUUUUCGAAUACAUCCAUCCUUCUGGACACGCCCCUUUCUCGUUCUCUCAGUUUUCUCCCUCAUUAUCUAAACGCAUUCUAUCAACUACAAUCCUUCACUGUCACUCAGUUCAUUUCUCCAUCCAUUUCCCCGUAAACCACACAAACACACACACGUACAGAUUCGCCACCAGCAUUUACUUUACAGACAGAAAUACUUAGUACUAUAUUUAGCGUAGAAGUCGUAUAAUUUCGUGUUGUAUGACUGACAGGUUACUUUUCAAUGUUUUGACACUAUUAAACCGGAUUCUCCAUGCUAGCUCAGUGAAAGACCUCUGUGUGCCUACACCCCAAAGCCUUAUUUUGGGAUCGUGUCAGGGUUGGGCGUUAGUUUCAGUGUAGUUCUGCCCAGAGUUCAUUUAUGAGAUUGAAGCUCAUAGUCAGACUGGACACAUGUUGAAUUUGGAAAUGAAGGGUUAAUGUGUGACUCUCAGGCCAGAAACAUACUUUACUGAAGUAUGCAAAUGCAGAUUUCACUUUUCAGCAUGCGGCUUCUUGAGCGAGGGAAAAAAAGUCUAGGGUGGGACUUGAUUUUGUCUGUUGGGAAUUGAUUGGAUUGUUGUCAUUUGCGAUGGGAGGGGACGUUAUUUUGAUUAAAGAUUACAAGGCACAUUCAUUAAAAAAAGAUAAAGACGGAUCAUUUAUUUAUAAUGAACUCUGCAAAUAUUCCAUAAAAAAUAAUAAUUGUCGAUUUGGAAUUCAUUAACUCGACUCUUCAAACAGUUGUUCCAAUGACUGUAGAUCUGAUCUGAAAGAGAAAAUUGGCCAAAGAAGAAGACCGUUUAUGCUGAAAUAAAACAUUUGGAAAGAGUUUGUGUAGCUGGAAGCGCUUGCGUUCAUGGACCUUUUUGAAGCCUUCAGAAGUGAAUCUGUUCAGUCUGACUGUGAUUCUCGACUCUCAGAAUCGAACCAACCAAAACGAUAGGAAAAUCUAGAUGGUUUCUUAGAGAUCCAGACACAUUUGUCUCAGACAGACGGUCCGAGAGAACGCUCCUGGAAUCAGGUGCCUUAUUUUCCAUAUUUACAAACUUUCACUCAAAGGCAUAAUUACAUAUGCAGUUUUAGGUCAAUUGUGGCAUUUUCUAGCAAGAAUUCUGUCACAAGAUUUAAGAAAUAGUCAGUAUUGUGAUAUAACAGUAAUUUGCUUAGUCAUCCAAAGAUCAAGAAAUCUCACUGAUUUAAUUGUUCAUUGCUUGGUUGCAGGUGUUUUCAAGGAAUGAAUGAUAAUUCAUGUCAUUUGGGAUGAGCUGGUUGGAAAAGCAGCACUUUUAUCAUGCUGUUCUGGAUACGGUACUCGUCUGUUUGAGACGCGGUUUCUUCUGUUAGUCCAGGUUUUCUCUUCAGAAUUGCCAUCAUUUACUCACCCUCAUGUCAUUCAAAACUGUGAAACACAAAAUUAGAUGUUUAUUUCUGUCAUUUUUAAAGCUUUCCAUACAACGAAAGUUGGCGGUGAUUUAUCCUGCCAUGUUCCAAUCUAGAAUAUAGUGCAUGAAUAUGAUACUUAUAUGUUUGUCCUUUUUGGGAUUUGGCAUAUAAAUCACUGUCCACUUUCUUUGUGUGGAAAACAGAAACUCCUCACAUCUCCCGUUGUGUUUCAUGGGAAAACGAAAAUAAUGUGUGGCAGAGGGUGAGUAAAUUAUAACUGAUUUAAUCAUUUUGGUGAACUAUUCUUAAAAUAGUUUAAUUCUGGAAGCCUGAAAGAAAUGCAUUAAAGUUGUUAAACAAAAGCUCCAAACUUUCUUUUUUUUUUUAGAUCAGUUUUGAAGAGAAAUCUUGAACACAAAGGGCACCUCGGCAGUGAUGGAUCACAGUUUGGAUCUCCGAGAAUCCAUCGUGACUUUCCAAAUCACAAAAACACACCUCACUUCAUUUUUAAUACUAGAAACACACAAAACUCUCAAGACACAUGUGUAUAAUUUGUGUUGUUUCAUUCUGAAACUGUCAGUCAGUGUACACCUGAUUUGGUCUGUACCAUCUCAUAUGUGUUGAUCUCUCUUUUCCCUUGAAUGUCCAUUACACAUUUAUUUUGUGCAUUGUAUGUAGUAAAUGAGAUGUUUUGAAAAAAAAAUCACAAAUAAACAGCUGUAUAUACUGAUGCAUAAA